AUCACGAGAUCUCGGUGGCCAUCUUUAAGUCCCUAUAGUAUGGGCGAGAAGGCGCAGCCAUAUUGGAAGCCUUGUAAUGAGCAUAGGGGGUCACAGGUCACGCAGAGAGCACGCAGGUCACCGCACAGUGAGCAGCAACGUCCGCAAGCAGAGAGGAGAGCGGGCAGGGGCAUAUACAUAGUUGGACAAGGGGUAGAGUAUGGCAAUGAUGCGGAGGGGAGGGAGAGAAUCCGCAACAAAGAAGACCGGUGUUGGGGUCCCGGCAGGCCCAGCACAGGGGGUGGUAGUGCAAGGGAUGGAAGAUUCAGGAACGGAGAGUAGGGUGAAGUAGUGGGGCAGGCAGACAGCAUGAAUAGGAGGGAAGUGAGGUUCGAGGGCAAGGAAGGGAGUGAGGAAGAAGGUGACAGGAGAUGGGUAGAGGUAUAUGGCAGGGAGCAUAAGGGUCAAAGCCCGCAAAAGAGAUGCAGAAAGGAGGGACUAGGAAAGGGGAAACCCAGAAUGAUAAAGGACGUAGAUAGAAAUACAUAUGUGAUGUUAGAAGGAGACCAGAGUGGGGAUGAUAGGAGAAACACAGGUAGAGGGGGAGAGAAGGAGAGACAGCGGGGACAGGUGUGGGGAAGGGAAGAGCAGUUAUUAAAAAACAGAAUGUGCAAAAAUGUUAAUGAUAAUGGGAAUGUAUUACAGAAAGAAAUGUCGGACGGCGCAGCAAGGGGCGCAAUGUGUGGAAAGGAUAGGAAAAGAGAUUCCAUGGACGCAAGGAGCGGAGGAGAGCAGAUUGCUAUGGAAAGUGCUGGAGAAACGAAAGACAAGGAAGGAGAACAGAAAGGUCAACUGAAACAAGGAGGACGUUUGAAGAAUCACAUCAUGUUGGCUAGGGAUAGAAAGAUCCCAAAGAAGUUUCUGAAUGGGGACGACAUCUGGAAGAAAAGAGCUGUCCAAGUGCAAAGGAAGCUGAAAAGGCUGGAGAAGGAGAGGAAAACGGAAGCGACACUGGGGGCAGGAGAGGAGAAGGGAGCGGUACCUAUAGCUGGGCAUGUUGAUCAAGUGAUGCCAGCCGUGGGGAGCAAGGUCCCAAAGAAAGAAAUGUCGGACGGCGCAGCAAGGGGCGCAAUGUGUGGAAAGGAUAGGAAAAGAGAUUCCAUGGACGCAAGGAGCGGAGGAGAGCAGAUUGCUAUGGAAAGUGCGGGAGAAACGAAAGACAAGGAAGGAGAACAAAAAGGUCAACCGAAACAAGGUGUACUCCUCAAGGAUCUCCUAGGACUCCCUGAAGCGAAUGGGCACCGCAGCACUUCUCCUGGACCGAGACAUCUUCACUUGAAGUAUGGCACAAACUUUCUUCUUGAAAAAUCCCAGGUGGAAGAGAUGGAUAAAUUUCUUCACGGGCACUCUAACACUUCUCCUGCGACUAUGACGGGGAGACAAAGAGAUAAGAGGAACAAAAUUGUUCCUGAAACCUCAAUGGAGGUACAUUCACCUACUCCCUCUGUACCUGGUACUUCUGAACUGCUGGACAUACACAUAUUAGUCUCGAGAAUCUCAGAGGCAUUAACUCCUAAAUUUGAUUUAUUAAAAGUAGAAAUUAAACAAGAUAUUGCCUCUUUAUCCAAUGAAGUGAAGCAGUUUGCCUCUAGAUUAUCCGAGGCUGAACAGAGAAGGAUCUGA